AUGGCCAGCAUCGCACCCCCAGACCUCGCCAAUCUGCUGGCCCCGAUCCUCCCAGCCCUGCCCGCCGCCGCCGUAUCAACCGAGCCCGCAGUCGGCAUCCUGCCCCUCCUCUCGCCCAUUCUGAGACAGAGGGUCAACCUCUUCUCCUCCUCCAGCACAGAGCCCUGGCUGAAGCUGCUAUGCUACGACGCGGCCAAGGCCGCCAGGCUGGUCGAGCUCGUGCAGAGCGGCCGCCUCGAGCCCCAUCCCGUCUCGGGCGAGGUCGAGGUCGACUGGGGCUACGACGCCCAGACGAGGUACCGGCGGCUGGACCCGGAGACGCUGCAGGCGCUGACGGUCCUGUCCGACCUGGGGCUCGCGUUCCAGCUGGUCUACUGCGUCAACGAUGCCGCGGGCGGCGGCGACGGCUGGAGGGUCGGAGAGCUCACGACGCCGGCCGACAGCGCCGCUCCCUUUGCGCAGUUUGCCGGCGGCGUGCCCACCAUCGCCGAGGCGGAGGCCAAGUUCAAGGAGCCUAAGCAGGCGCCCAACCCUACGGCGACCUACACCACCAACAACGGUUCGACCACCAGCAGCGAAGACCUGAUGGACGACGACGAUGACGACGACGGAUACUGGGACCGCUACGAUGCCACUCCCGCGCGCACGCCCGCCAACAACCGCUCCCCAGCUCCGCGAGCCCGCGCUGGCAUUGCCGCUUCCGCAGCGCCGUUGGGUUCCUACAAUGCUCAGGCCGCCCCCGCCAUGGACAACCACGAUCCAGACGAGGAAGCCCUGCUGCGCGCCCACAUCCAGCCACCCCUCGGCCUUGGCCGCGCCAGCAACGCAGCCGACUCCCGCGGCUCCUGGUCCUCCGCCGAAGCAGACACCAACAACAACAACACCACCAACAACAACAUCAACGACAUCUCCAGCAGCCCAACAAAGAAAGCCGACCACUUGUCCGCCCAAGACCUCGCCCUCCUCCACCCGCGCCCCGAAUCCAGCGCCAGCUCCAACGGCUCAAACACCGUCGCCCGGCUCGAAGCCUCCGCCGGCAAGCAGGAGCAGAACGAGUUUGGCGUCAAGCAGCACGUUUCGCGCAGCAUUCGCAGCUUGUACCUGCUGGCCCGGUCGUCGGGCAUUGAGAGGGACGAGUUUGAGAGCCUGGUCAAGUCGGAGCUGGAUAUUCUGUCCUUGAUUGAGGAUCAGGAAUGA